AGUUGGCAACCCAAUGCGCGAGUUUUACUCAAUUUGUUUGAAAUAAACGAAAAAUAUUGGUUUAAGGCGGAUUAUUGUUUUUUAUAUAGAAAUUAAUUUUGUUUUUUGAUAAGAAAAUGUGUACAUAGGCACGAUUUUCUUAUCUUUUAUUGGGAAAUCAUUAAAUUUUAAUAUUUGUAAAGUGUCUACUUUCAAACCGAGCGAAAAUAUUGAGAAAAACAAAAGCAAAACUUAUUUUUCACAAAUAAAACAUUAAAUUUUAUUUAUUUGAUUUAAUUAAUUGAAUAUAUUGAAUUAUUUUCAACAAAUUCAAAUUUAUCGACGUGUAUUUCUACAUAACCUCAUAGUUUCCUUGCAACUUCAAUACUUUCCCUUUAUUUAUUUAUAACUUAAGUUUUAAUAUAUAAUAGACUAAAGAUGAGUGCAAUUAAUGCAGAAAUCGAUAAAUCAGAAUCAAUUGAAAGUCACUGCAAACAUUUUGUUAAACGCAAGAAGCGUUUCUGUAAAAUGACUGUCAAGACAGGUUUUAGUUAUUGCGGAGAACAUUUGCCUCAAACUUCUAAUGAAACAAAGAAUAAUAUGAAUGAAAAUGAUGCUAAAACUUUAAGAGUUGUUUGUCCUUUAGACAAUAAACAUACAUGUUUUGCUCACAAGUUACAAAAACAUUUGAAGAUUUGCAAUGCCAGGCCACAACCACAGCCAUACAUUCUAAAAGGAGUAAAUUGUGGUGAUAUUCAACCAGAUACAGAUGCAGAUUCACCUAUUGUUAAUACUAGACAAUUAUCUUCUGUUUCUGUGGGAGAUAUUAAAGUUUUAGUUGCAAAAAUUAACAAAAUCUAUGCAGAAUAUAUCCAAGGAAACAUAUCAGAAUUAUAUAAAACUUACAAAACAGUUGAAACAGAACUUCUCAAACCAGAAUACGGUGACAAAACCAAGAAACAUUUAAUUCAAGCAUCAGCCAUUCUUGGAAUCUUAGAAGAAAAGUCAAUGUUGACUGAAAAUACUUGUUAUAUUGAGUUUGGUGCAGGCAAAGGUCAAUUAAGUUACUGGUUAUCGCAGGCAAUCAAAGACCUGAAAAACAGUUCAGUUUUACUUGUUGAACGCGCCUCGCAUCGGCACAAGUUUGAUAAUAAAGUCGAUAAAACAGAAAACGCCAUUCAUCGUAUCAAAGUAGACAUUGGUGAUUUAUUAUUGCAUCAAGUUGAUGUAAUAAGUUCAAAUAAAGCUAAUGGGAGUGUUAUUGGUGUGACUAAACAUUUAUGCGGUGAUGCAACAGAUUUAUCAAUGAGAUGUAUGAACAACUUUGAACAAAAUGGCGGACGUGUUGGCGGUCUGGUGAUGGCGUUCUGUUGUCAUCAUAGAUGUCAAUGGACAGCGUACGUUGGUAAAGAGUUUUUCAAUAAAUGUGGCUUGAAUCGAAAUGAUUUUGAUGUUAUAUGUGGAAUGGUAAGUUGGGCGGUUUGUGGCAGUGGAUUAGCAAGAGAAACCAACAAUGUGACAAAUUCUAACCAAAAUGACAGAGACAAAGAAAUAGGUCUAACACGUGAGGAAAAAGAAGAAAUCGGUCGUAAAUGUAAUAUAUUAAACUACGGCCGAUUGGAGUAUCUACGAGGUUUGGGUUAUGAUUGUUCGUUGAAUUAUUAUGCCCCAACAAUUUCACUUGAAAACGUUUGUAUUAUCGCUAAAAAGUGAGUAAUAUAAAAGAAAACAACAUAAAUGACUAAGUUUUAUCGAUUAUUUCAGUUUAUAUAAUAAAUUUGACGUUGUGCUAUUGAA